GCGGAAAUGAUUCUUUAACCUUGCGGCCUCUGCAAUAUGGCAACUCUGAUAGAAGAUGUCCUGGCUGAGGCUGAGCGCUCCGGGCUCAGGGGUUUGCGCUCUAUCCAUGUGGAGAAGCAGCUGGAGGUGCAGUUGGACUUGGGCAACCUGACGGCGCUGGAUACCAACCCCCUGAACCUCGGGCCUUUCCGACAAGAUCCCGAGGAGUUCCUGCGCUCACUGGCCCGGGACAACACGCAGCUGCUGGUUAACGCUGUCUGGCAGCUGCCGAGUGAGCGGCUACACGAGAGCAUCGUGGCCAAACUCCCCCAGCCCAGCACCCCCAUCCCCCGAGAAAAAGCGCUGCCCAAACCCCGGCCGCCCACCCGCUGGGAAGAGUUCGCCAAACUCAAGGGGAUCCAGAAGAAAAAGAAAAGCAACUUGGUCUGGGACAAGGAGAAGAAAGAAUGGCGGCGCCGCUGGGGCUACAAGAGAGCCAACGACGAGACCAAACAGUGGGUUAUUGAAGUGCCUGAGACAGCAGAUCCCAACGAGGAUCAGUUUACAAAACGUGUUACCGCCAAAAAAGAAAGGGUGGCGAAGAAUGAGCUGAACAGGCUGCGCAAUAUCGCCAGAGCUCAGAAGAGUAAAGUGCCAGGCAUGGGACUCGCCCCCACCGAUCAGCCAAGCAAAACCGAGCUGAGCAAAGCUAUCCAUGUGGCUAAGACCUCCACAGCUUCAGUUGGCAAAUUUCAGGAUAAGUUACCCAAAGAAAAGGAGCAGAGGAGUGCUGGCAAGAAGAGGAAGUUCCAGCCCCUGAUUGGAGAUUUUUCAGCAGAGCGGCAGAAACAGCUAGAACUUUUAAAAAUUAUGUCCAGCAAGAAGCCAAAACUGGAUCUCACGAAAGCUGUAAAUCGACAACUUCGUGAAGAUGAACAGGAGCAGGCGACGAAACGAAAGAAAAUGCAGCCAAAAGGCAGGAAAGGAGGAAAAAAUCAUAAUCGAAAUAGAGGGAAUGGGCAGGAUCGGAAAUCAGCCAUGAAACAGCGAGGGAAGAGAAAAUGAGCUACAUAGAACUGUUUAAACACUGUGUACUUUUGGCUUCAAAAAACAUUAUAGUUUUGAGAGGAAAGUAUUUAGUAUUUUGAAAUAUGACUUUUUCAUGAACUUAAAAUAAACGAUUUUGUAUUUCA